UAGUCAAAAACAACAAACCCUUCUUUUGCUUUUUAAUAUUAAAUAUUAAAUCUUAAUUUUGCAGGUUUCUUCUCUUCUUCUUCCUUCCUCUUGGCUGCUUUCUUUCAUCAUCCAUAAAGUGAAAGCUCACGCAUAGAGCCAUACCGUCCCAAAAAAAUAAGAAGAAGCAAAAGUCCAAAAAAUACUCUCCAAAACAUUCUUUCUUUGCUCUUUACUCUCUCUCUCUCUGCCUUUCUCUUUGUCAAAGUUCAUGGAUGCUACGAAGUGGACACAGGGUUUUCAGGAAAUGAUAAACGUAAAACCAAUGGAUCAAAUGAUUUCAAACACCAACAACAACACAUCGCAACAACAACAACCAACAUUCAUCACCACCACAACAAGGCCAAACGCCACCGCAGCCAACGGCGGCUCCGGCGGAAACAACAACAAUACGGCUGCUACGAUGGAAACUAGAAAGGCCAGACCACAAGAGAAAGUAAACUGUCCAAGAUGUAACUCGACGAAUACGAAGUUUUGUUAUUACAACAACUACAGUCUCACGCAACCAAGAUACUUCUGCAAAGGUUGUCGAAGGUAUUGGACCGAAGGUGGCUCUCUACGCAACGUCCCUGUUGGAGGCAGCUCAAGAAAGAACAAGAGAUCCUCAACACCUUUACCUUCACAUUCCAAUCCCAAGCUUCCAGAUCUAAACCCACCGAUUCUUUUCUCAAGCCAAAUCCCUAAUAAGUCGUCAAAAGAUCUCAACUUGUUGUCUUUCCCGGUCAUGCAAGAUCAUCAUCAUGGUAUGUCUCAGUUUCUUCAUAUGCCAAAGAUCGAGAACAACAAUACAUCAUCUUCAAUCUAUGCUUCAUCAUCUCCUGUCUCAGCUCUAGAGCUUCUAAGAUCCAACGGAGUCUCUUCAAGAGGAAUGAACACGUUCUUGCCUGGUCAAAUGAUGGAUUCAAACUCAGUCAUUUACUCAUCUUUAGGGUUUCCAACAAUGGUUGAUUACAAACAGAGUAACAAUAACCUUUCGUUCUCCAUUGAUCAUCAUCAAGGGAUUGGAAACAACACCAUCAACAGCAACCAAAGAACUGAAGAUAAUAAUCAUACUGAUGACAUGAAUGGAGCAAGUAGGAUUUUGUUCCCUUUUUCAGACAUGAAAGAGCUUUCGAGCACAACUCAAGACAAGAGCCAUGGUAAUAAUACAUACUGGAGUGGGAUGUUCACUAAUACAGGAGGAUCUUCGUGGUGAAAAAGGUUAAAAAGAGAUCAUGAAAUUAUUGGCAUCUCUUCUCUCUUUCACCUUUUUAACUCCUUAUUUAUUAUAUUUUUACUUUGAUGAUCUUUUGUUCUUUCUCACAUGGGCUACUUUAGUUAAAGUUGUCAGGACUUAGUCUACAGAUAGUCCUUUCUAUUCCUUCUUUCGGGUGUUGUUUUUUUUAAAUAGUAUUAGUGUGUGAUGAUAAUUUUCAUUAGUACUGAGGAGUGAGUGCUGAGGGAUAUCAUACGAGGGUAGAAGAAUAAGUGAAUAUGAGUGCAUUGUGUGUAACCAGUGAGAUCUGUAUUCAUCAUUUCUUCUAUUUGCAGAAGUAUUUGUGUAAUUCACUUGUCUUUAUUUUUAAUCAGUUUGAUCUAUAUUUAAGUGGUGUAAACAUAAAGUUUGGUACA